AUGGCGAGCGUGGCCAAAGUAGUUAUCCAAAAGCUCGCUUUGAGCGAUGACCAGUUCAACGGCGCAGCGACAACGAGAUGGAUAAAUCCAGACAUUACGCCGUUGCCUCCGCCCAGGCGCACCUGGGGAAGAGUUGCGUAUCUCGGAUUCGGCUCUAUCGCGAAUCUUUGUAUCUCAACCUGGGCGGGUGGAUCAUCUCUAGUCAUCCUGGGCCUGAGCAUUCCCCAAGUCAUCGGCGUUAUGAUCAUUGCUCGAGUUGUCAUCGCCUUUCUCGUUAUUGGAAACGGUUGGAUGGGAGGGGAAUGGCAUAUUGGCUUCACCGUGGCGCAGCGACUUAUUUUCGGUGUCCAUGGGUCCUACAUUGGCAUUCUCAUCAGAAUUCUCUUGUCUAUCAUUUGGUACGGAUCUCAAGCCUGGCUCGGUGGGCUCUGUGUCGCGGUCAUAUUGAGUAGUUGGAGCCACUCGUUCUUGACCAUGGAGAAUACCUUGCCCGAGAGCGCCCACGUGGUCACUCGCGAUCUAAUUGGCUUUACAAUUUUUCAUUUCCUCUCGGUGCCGCUGCUGUUGGUCCGUCCAGAAAAAUCGAAAUGGCCGGUCGUUUUCGCCAGUGUCACCACCUUCUUCGUCAUGUUGGGAAUCUGCAUCUGGGCCACGACACAGGCGGGAGGACCUGGACCGCUGUGGCAUCAAGGAUCCACUGACAUAGGCUACAUGUCCCACGCCUGGGCCUGGGUCUACGGCAUCGUCGCCAGCGUUGGUGGCAUCUCUGCCGGCAUCCUCAACCAAUCCGACUUCACUCGAUUCGCGCGCAAACAAGGAGUUCAAGUCCCCGGCAUGCUGUUUUCUCUCUUCAUACCCGGCAUGGCCGUGCCGAUCAUGGGAAUCCUCACGGCGUCUGCCUCUGUGAAAAUCUAUGGUGGCGAGCCAUAUUGGAACCCGCUGACUCUGAUCACGCAAUGGAUGCUGGACGACUAUUCAGCCAAAUCUCGCGCAGCCGCGUUCUUCUGCGGUCUGGGCUUCCUCAUCAGCCAACUGGCCGAAAACAUCCUCGGUAAUGGCUACGCCGCUGGCAUGGACAUGGCCGGUCUUUUGCCCAAAUUCAUCAACAUCCGACGUGGAGCCCUGAUUUGCGCUGCCCUCUCAUGGUCCGUCCAGCCGUGGCUCUUCUACAACACAUCCUCGGUGUUUGUGGCCACAGCGGCCUCUUUCUCCGUGUUCAUGGGGCCUCUCACGGGCGUCAUGAUGGCAGACUACUUCAUCAUCCGCAGACAACGCAUUGAAGUCAGCCAGCUUUACACCGGCUCGCCCGAGGGCUCUUACUACUACUUCUACGGCUUCAAUCUACGCGCCAUCAUUAGCUGGGUGGUCUGUUUCGUGCCUGCCAUGCCGGGAAUGAUCGCCACUCUGAACCCGAGUAUCCCAACCAGCCAGGGCGCAAUUAACUAUUAUCGUGGAAACUAUCUUUUCGGAUACUGCGAAGCCGCCGUCCUCUACAUCGCAAUCUGCUAUAUCUGGCGGAUCAAAAAUGCCGGGAAACAAGACGAAUACGACAUUUACGGUACAUUUGACGAGUCGGCGGCUGAGAGAAAAGGCAUUGCGCCAUUCUUGGGGAAGAAAGAGGAAGUUGCCGAAGGUCUUGAGGUACCAACUGAAGCACAGGAUAUUGAAAGAAUGGGGAUACAGCAGACGGAAUCUCUCAAGGCCCCCACCGUUACGUAUAACUAG